AUGGCAUUGCUAUAUGAGACAGUUCCCACGUUUGAAGAUACGUGGAUAGAGUGUCUUGGUGAUUUAGGGCGUUACAGGAUGGCAGUUGAAGAUGAUGAUAUCCGAGAUCGAGAAAUUUGGACUGGUGUAUCAAGAUUCUGGUAUACCAAGGCUUCGGAUAAGAUACCAAUGACUGGACGACUUUAUCACCACCUAGCGAUUUUGGCACGACCAAAUGCCCUGCAACAGUUAUACUAUUAUGCUAAAUCUCUCUGCGUUCCAGUGCCAUUCCCGAGCGCUAGGGAUAGCGUCAUGACGCUAUUUGAUCCCCUCUUGAAUGCAAAUCCAAGCGCUUCUCAACGUCUGGAGCCAGUUGAUGUAGCUUUUGUGCGAGUUCAUGGCAUACUCUUCUCUGGCACGCAUGAGGAUCAGCUCGAGCCCUCGAUGAAGCAAUUUCUGGAACUUCUAGAUAAUCGCAUUGGAAGAGAACAUGGAAAUUGGCUUGAAUCUGGGUAUUUCAUUGGCAUCUCAUUAAGCUGUCUGCUCCUAAGUUUUGGAGACGCGUCAAAUGUCCUUAUGAAUGCCGUUUUGAAGAGUCAACAAACAGACGACACUAUAAUGCUUCCGGAUCCGGUGCUGACUGACGCAUUCAAAACGGCGGUGAGAUUUACAGCUCGCACGUAUGAGAUUGUUAUUGCUCGGUGGGGUGACAAGAACACGUUUCCCUGCCUUCAUACCCUCCUAGUAUUCUACUGGUUUAUGAUGGAUUUUGACGUAGGGAGACAGUACUUGGAGGGCUCCCUCCCAUGGGAACAGACUGCUUUACUACUUAACUAUCUGUUACGGACCAGCGAGUAUACGCCACGGUUAGAUACUCCGGAAAUUCCGUGGCCCGAAGUUGGUAAGGCGCAUCCUCUUCCCGAAGACUAUGCUAUGCGUGGUUUAAUCUAUACUGGAACCUAUUUCCCGAAGAACUGGUUUGAUAAUACGGCGAUUGAUGAUGAAGAAAAGAACUUUGAGCCUGCGUCAACGGUUAGUAAACGUUGCGAAAGAAUCUUAUGGCUGGGUUAUAGCAUGGCAAUGAGGAAAAGAAGACUACACUGGGACAAGAACACUAAGCAGUUUUCGGCUAAGAGUAAUGAGAGUAAUGACAACAACUAA